GCCUGCUCCCCCCCCCCCCCCCCCCCCCCUCUCUCUCUCUGUGUGUGUGUUGCUGUGGGAGCUCCAUCCACCCCCCGUUACCAAGAUGUUCGAGGCUCGCCUGGUGCAGGGCAGCAUCCUGAAGAAGGUGCUGGAGGCCCUCAAGGACCUGAUCACCGAGGCGUGCUGGGACAUCAGCUCCACCGGCAUCAGCCUGCAGUCCAUGGACAGCUCGCACGUCUCCCUGGUGCAGCUCACCCUGCGCAGCGACGGCUUCGACACUUACCGCUGUGACCGCAACCUGGCCAUGGGGGUCAACCUGAGCAGCAUGUCGAAGAUUCUGAAAUGUGCAGGCAAUGAUGACAUCAUCACCCUGAGAGCUGAGGACAACGCAGACACACUAGCUCUGGUCUUUGAGUCACAGAACCAGGAGAAAGUCUCUGAUUACGAGAUGAAGCUAAUGGAUUUGGAUGUGGAGCAGCUCGGAAUCCCGGAGCAGGAGUACAGCUGUGUGGUCAAGAUGCCGUCCGGAGAAUUUGCCAGGAUCUGCCGGGAUUUGAGUCAGAUUGGUGACGCGGUGGUGAUCUCCUGUGCCAAGGAUGGGGUGAAAUUCUCUGCGAGCGGAGAGCUUGGGACCGGGAACGUCAAACUGUCUCAGACCAGCAAUGUGGACAAGGAGGAAGAUGCAGUGACCAUUGAGAUGAACGAACCUGUGCAGUUGACCUUUGCUCUGCAAUACCUGAAUUUCUUCACUAAAGCCACCCCCCUGUCGCCGACAGUGACCCUCAGCAUGUCUGCGGAUAUCCCUCUCGUGGUGGAAUACAAGAUUGCUGAUAUGGGUCAUAUCAAGUAUUACCUGGCCCCCAAGAUUGAAGAUGAGGAAACCUCUUAAAGGCUGCAGCGUGUGUGGUACAGGCGAACUGUCGGACAGGUGGACUCACGGCACACACAGACUGCUCAUAGAUCACCCCCAAGCCACAGACUGAGCUUUCAUCUCUGUUCCAACCUGAUACUCUUCCGGGCUCCAUCCGCUCUUCUCUGUCUGUCCCAAAGCUGGUUUUGUAGAUAUUUUAUGUAAAUAUGUUAUGCGACGUGAAAGGGCUUUUUGUAAGGUGGAGAGGAAAGGCAGCCAAUAAACCAUGGUUUUUGUGA